AUGACCAAACUCACCCCCAACGGUCUGCGCACCGUUUCCAGCUUCCAACGCGUAUACAGUCCUUCAAACUACACAUCCCUCCUCCAAUUCCAAGCUCAAUACCGCCAUGCCUCCAGCACAAGCACAAACACAACCAGCAAAGAAACCAACCGGAGUACCUUAAACGGACCUCUCUCAACCCAUCCCGCCCCUCUCGUCCUGCCGACGAGGAAAGAAUAUCCAAGUACAUUCAAAUACCUCUUCAACCUCGGAAAAACAUACGCCAACUUCUACAAAACCGGCGGCAAAAACAUCUAUCACAACUACCGCGCCACGCAACCCAUCAAAUCCAAGAUAAACGCCCAUUACCCCCCCUCCCGCCACGACCCCGCCGUCGCCCUCCGCUCCUACCUCCACUCCCAAGGCCUCACGCGCGCCGAAUUCCAACUCCUAAUCCGGUCCUGGCACGACACGAAACGCGUCCCGCUCUUCGGCUUGGUCUUUUUAAUAUGCGGAGAAUUCACUCCGUUGGUGGUGUUAGCGAUAAGCAACAUCGUGCCGUGGACAUGUCGGAUCCCGCGGCAGAUCGAGAAGGAUCGGCGGGUGUUGGAGGAGCGACGGGGGAUUUCGUUUCGGAAUCUGACGAUGGCGCCGCCGACGGAGAAGGGAGGGGCGUUGGUGAGGAUGCAGUUGAUACAUGUGAGUUGGAGUCUUGGGUUGAGUAGUAGUGUGUGGGAUUAUCUGGGGGGACAAUAUCCUGGGUUGCCGGAUUGGAUGUUAAGGCGGAGGGUGAAGAGGAGGGUGGAGUAUUUGGAGAUGGAUGAUAUGUUGUUGAGGAAAGGGAAGGUUGAGGAGUUGGAUGUGGAGGAGGCAAGGAUGGCGUGUGUAGAGCGGGGGAUUAAUGUGGUUGGACGGCCUGAGAGGGAUAUAAGGGGUGAUUUGGAGGCGUGGUUAAAAGCUAAAGAGAAGGGUGCGCCGAUUGAGAGACUGUUGUUGUCACGGCCAAAUGUAUGGCCCUCCACAGCAAAACACACGUGA